AUGGAAAGAAUGUCAACCCAAGAGCAACAGCUCUGCCAGUUCCUCAAGGAGCAACCCCGCGUCCACAAUUACCGCUACGACUCUAAAGCAGAGAACGACCUGCUUCAGUCUCUAUUUUGGUCCCUUGCCGGCGGACGAUCAGAUUAUCUACAACUCUUCUUCCCAGACAACACGAAACCUCCACCUAAUGCAACAUGGAAGUUAAGGAAAGCCCAAGGCGGGGCAGAUGGGGACGAAUUCACCGAAGCCGCUCGAGGCAAGGCGUGCGGGCAUAUCUUCAAGGCCGGUGAAGCUACAUACAGGUGUAAGACUUGCAGUGCGGAUGACACCUGUGUUCUUUGCAGCCGGUGCUACGAUUCCUCAGACCACACAGGACAUAUGGUGUAUGUUACAGUGUCCUUGGGCAACAGCGGCUGUUGCGAUUGUGGAGACCCUGAGGCCUGGCGGCUUCCUGUACACUGUUCCAUCCAUACUGCGCACGAGGGAGGAUCGCAGCCGCAAGAUAAGGGGAAGGCACCAGUCCUCCCUCCAGAUCUUGUUGAAUCUGUUCGCAUGACUAUCGGGAGAGUGUUUGACUACAUAUGUGAUGUUAUAUCUUGCUCCCCUGAGCAGUUGCGACUACCGAAGUCCAAAGAGACGAUUUUGCUGGAUGAGAAGAUGUCAAGACUUGGCUCUCAGUUUUACAAGGGAGAUAUUGCGGAGGAGCAAUGCGAGUUCGCUUUAUUGCUCUGGAAUGACGAAAAACAUACCGUCUAUGAGGUCAGGGACCAAGUUGCUAGAGCUUGCAAGACGACCAAGGACGAGGGACUUAGGAGGGCCCAUGAGACUGAUGAUAUUGGCCGGAGUAUCGUCAAGUAUAGCACCGAUGUCGACGAACUGCUCAAAGUCUCUAGAAUCAUAGAGCAGAUCAAAGUUACUGUUACAAUUAGGUCUUCUAGGGAUACCUUCAGAGAGCAAAUGUGCGGCACUAUCAUUGAAUGGCUAGGAGAUAUUGCUGGAUGUAGUGUGGGACCUGAUCACAACAUUCUGCGCCAGGUCAUAUGUGAAGAAAUGCUCAAGGAAUGGAGAUUUGGCAGCGAGGCAAGCAACAGAGAUGUUGGAAUGCAUGGCCUCGAUGACCACGAGAUAGAUGACGCCGACGAAGACCGGAGACAGUUUACGGUUAUACGUCAACGGGAGAUCUUCAGACGAGCCCAAGCUGCAGCUCUUGCAGCAGAAGCUGGCAAUGAUGAGGAUUCGGAUAACUCGGAGGAUAACUCCCUUGGUGAUAGUCCUGCGCCUGGUGAUCAGUCCGAUUUGGACGACAACCUGAAUGAGAUAAGUGACGAUGAUGAGGAGGACGACGAUGUAUCGGAUUUUGCCACCGCUGUUCAACAUUAUCUCUUCCAGCCAGGACAAGCAGAGACUGAUCCCGAUGGCGAUGUGGAUAUGGAAGAUGAUGAUUCACCAAUGGAAAACGGAGAGGCCACGACUGCAGGCUAUCCCCCGCCCCCGCCUCCGCCCCCUAUUCCUCAAAGACCGAACAGAGAUAGAGAUCUUACUCCUUCCGAUUCAGAUACUGCGGAAAUGCAACCUUUGAUCUCUCCUAAUGUCUACGCUAAGGCUAAUAUGGAGAUUCCGAAGACGCCUAGGAACAAACACGCUAGUGAAGCGCAGCCCAAGCCAGCUAGAUAUUGGUUGGAAACAUCACAACCUUACAAUGAGACAAGCUCAGUACCGCUGCAUGAGAAUCUGUGGGAGCGGCUACGAUUAGAUUGGAUUAUCCUGUUCGACCUGCGAAUGUGGAAAAAGGUUCGCAUUGACCUUCGAGACCUCUACAUAUCAACUGUAGUUUCUGUUCCCGAAUUCAAGCGAGUGCUUGGACUGCGCUUUGCUGGUCUCUACACCACGCUGGCUCAGCUAUAUCUCAUUGCUGACCGAGAACCCGAUCACUCGAUCAUCAAUAUCUCAUUACAAAUGCUGACGACACCGACUAUUACCGCUGAAAUCGUUGAGAGAGGGAAUUUCUUGACCAAUCUUAUGGCCAUACUCUACACCUUUCUCACCACGCGCCAAGUUGGACAUCCCCAUGAGAUAUCCCCAAACGCUACGCUUGCCUUUGACUCGGGCACGGUUACUAAUCGUCGCAUGUAUCACUUCUUCUUAGACUUGAAAUACUUAUUCAGCUCAGAGCAUGUUCAGGAAAAGUUGCGCACCGAAGACAGAUACAUGCUGCAGUUCCUGGAUCUUGUACGAUUGCAUCAAGGAAUUUGUCCAAAUACUCGAGCCGUUGGAGAGCACGUGGAGUAUGAGACCGAUGCCUGGAUUAGCGCAUCGCUUAUCACCCGUGAAAUCAAUCGUUUGUGCAGACAAUUCUCGGAGGCUUUUAAAUGGAAUGUUGGAGAAGACCACACUUACAUCUCCAAAGCUAUCAGGCUGUCUGCUAAGGCAGUCAUCCUCAAUUCGCUGGGAACCGAGAGAAAACACUUUGAGCAAGCAGAAAUCAAGGAUGAGAUCAAAUUCAAGAAAGUCGGCGACUUCGAAUUCGAUAACACAGAUAUGGCGCAGAGUGUACUUCAGCACACUGUUGUGAAAUUUGUUGUUGAAGCCCAACCUAUCAGUUUUCAUCAUGCACUGCAUUAUACUCUCUCUUGGCUAAUCGAGAGUGGCAAGAACAUGUCCCGCGAGCAUCUUGUCCAGUUGUUGAGCUUCACGACUGCUGAACUUCUUGAAAAGCCUAAAGCUAUGGGUCAGCGAGUCAUGCCGAGUCAGGAGUAUUCCGCCGAGGAUCAUUUGAUGGCUGCUUUUGACUAUCCUCUGCGUGUCUGCGCUUGGCUGGCACAGAUGAAAGCGAGCAUGUGGGUCCGUAACGGCAUGAGUCUUCGACAUCAGCAUAGCACCUACCGCGGCGUCAACCAACGAGACGUGUCCCAUCACCGUGAUCUCUUCCUUCUACAAACAGCCAUGGUCGUAUGUCCCCCAUCUCGUGUGCUGGCUUCUAUGAUCGAUCGAUAUGGUCUGGUGGUUUGGAUGAAGGGUAUCUACGAACAACCGAAAUCUGAAGGCGUCGACGAUGGACAAAUGUUGGACGUGGCAGAAGACCUAAUCCACCUGUUGAUUGUCUUAAUCAGCGAUCGAACAGCGCUCGUGUCGGACGAAGAGGAACCAAAUCCACACGUGCUUGCCAUGCGUCGGGAUAUCACUCAUACGUUGUGCUUCAAGCCAUUGUCGUUCACGGAAAUUUGUGGCAAGCUCCCCGACAAAUUCCAGGACCAAGAAGAAUGCCAAGAUAUUCUCGACGAAAUGACCACCUUCAAGCCACCGGAGGGCCUCUCGGAUACAGGCACUUUUGAGCUGAAAGAGCAGUUCCUCGAGGACAUCGACCCCUACAUAUCUCAUUAUAACAAGAAUCAGAGGGAAGAAUCGGAGAACGCAUACAAAGCCUGGAUGGCGAAGAAGACAGGACGACCCGCUUCCGAUAUUGUUUACGAGCCAAAGCUUCGACCCAUCGAAACGGGUGCAUUCUCUGACCUCUCUGCCUUUACCCGAACUGGAAUGUUUGCACAAAUUAUUUACUAUGCACUUUUGUAUCCACUGAAGGCACAGAAAUUUGUCCCGAGUGUUCCGGUCACUCGUCUUGAGGCCUUCCUUCAAGUAGUAUUACACCUGGUGCUUAUUGCAAUUUCCGAGGAUAAGACCGACGAGGAUGAAAUGUCAGAGGAGUCUCUUCAAUCCUUUGUUUACAUUGCCCUUACGAGCACUGCGCGAAGCAACUUCAUGGAAAAUGCCCAGGCAUUCAGGACCAUCGUUGCUCUUUUGGAGCUAUUGUCGCGAAAAGAGGAGUUCAAGGCUUGCCACUCCAAGAUUACGCUUGUUCUCAAGAGAAUGAAGCAGAAGCGACCACGAAACUUUGAAACUGCUUUUGCACGUCUAGGAGUCUCGGUCGACAGAAUAUCUACUGCAUCACCAGCGAAUAAUACUAUACUUGAAGACCGAGAGAAGAAGAAGCAAGCCGCCCUGGAACGCCAAGCCAAGGUCAUGGCACAAUUCCAACAGCAGCAGAAAAACUUCCUCGAGAAUCAAGGUGACAUAGAUUGGGGUGAAGAUGAUAUUAGUGAUGAUAAUAUGGAGGUUGAAGGGGAGGAUCAUACGACACAUUGGCAGUACCCUACUGGGACCUGCAUUUUGUGUCAAGAAGAGACCAAGGAUGGCCGACUAUACGGAACCUUCGCACUGAUGACGAAUAGUAGCAUAUUGCGUCAGACGGACUUCCAAGAUGAGGAUUUUGUUCGUGAAGUCGUCAACACACCGACGUCUCUAGAUCGAUCAGCUGAAAGCCUUCGACCAUUCGGUGUAGCGGGAGAGAACCGCGAACAAGUUCACAAAGUCACUGCCAGUGGAGUCGAUAUUGUGACUGAACGUCAGUCCAUUGGGAAAGGAUAUCCAUCUGGCUUAACGCGAGCUGGUCCUGUAUCUGUAGGAUGCGGGCAUAUAAUGCAUUACAAGUGCUUCGAGGUCUACUACGAUGCAUCACACCGACGGCAUCAACAACAAAUCGCCAGACAUCAUCCCGAGAUGUUGGGUCUGAAAGAAUUUGUCUGUCCGCUGUGCAAAGCCUUAGGGAAUGCCUUCUUACCUAUUAUAUGGUCCCCGAAAGAGGAUUUACCCCUGAAUUCUCUCCAAGGGCAGACAUCCUUCGAUAAUUGGAUCAAUGGGGUCGCCGGGCCCAACGCCAACCCUAGGGUAGGGAAAAUUGAACACAAGACUGGCAGAAGCAGCCGAGCUGUCGAGCUAUUCAUGGAAAACAACAAGGCUGUGCUAGCACCUCCAUUAGCUGCCAAAAUGUCAGAACUACUUAUGGAUGCUUGGAGUCCCAGUUCUCCAGGGCCUCCCAUUCCAUUUGCCGCUCCAUUGGCCGCGGUAGUAGUGCCCGCUAUCUGGAACGACUCUGGACCUUCUAAUGCAGGGCAAGCAUCUGCAGCUGUGUCACCGAUGACGGAAUUGGUAGAUAUCUAUCGUCGAUUGAGAGAUACAAUGAGCAAGAAUGAGCUUCCGACGCAUCAUUCUGGCAGCCUGACUUCUCCGGCAGGCGAUAGCGCGAACGAUUUCUGCGCAAGCGACACUCUGGCCCAAGCACUUGGGUGCUCUAUCUCCGCCGUGGAAAUUCAGCAGCGUGGUGUUGCAUCGCCAUCUGGUAUGACUUUUCUGGAUAACAUUCCUCAGCAAGCCAUCGCUCACUUGAGAAUUUUGGCCGAGACUGCCUCCUCUUAUGUUUCCGUUGGUGGCAUCAGAUUCGCGGGUGAAAACCGAGUUACUCAAGAAUUCAGCCGAGACUACGAGAGUCAGCAUGGAGCAUUGUUCCUGAGGAAUCCGUACACGCAUGGUAGCGAACGCUUUGCGGGCCGUCCCCAAUCUAGUUCACCCUUGCCUUUACUCCAGAGAGACACUUUCAUUUUUUUGACGGAAUGCUCUCUGUGCCUAGUACCUAUUGACAACCUCGACGUCAUGCACGUUGUCAGACUCUGCUAUCUUGCGGAAUUGGUCAAAGUGGUGGUGAAAAUGGGUCGCAACCAGGAUGCAUCAGACUGGGAUAAUACUCACACGCCUCCGGCAUCUGGCACUUUUGCCGAAUUCUGCCUCCAUAUCCGCCAAGCAGACCGUGGACAGUUAGACGAUGAAGAUGGCAUCCUCAGCUCGGCUUUCAGUCAGCCUUCCUUGGAGAGCAUAGACUCCUGCCGUGAAUUUGUUCGAAGAUAUGCAUUAGUCUUCGUCCGAAAAGUUGCUUUGCUACUCCAAGUACGGUACGGGGUCGUGUUUACGAAUUAUGUUCCCUCAAAUCCCGAUGCCGACGAGCUGGACCGUUUGACCGAAGCAUUGCACCUUCCAGGCUUCGACGAAAUGUGUGCAUCCGCGAUUCCAUCAUACCAGAACCCUCCAGCUAUCCCAACCCUCGUUAACAAUUGGAUCAUGAACGCCUACCCAGCCGGAAUGGGCAAGACAUCAGGCAUGAACGUCGGCCACCCUGGAAUCUUCGAACUCAUUGGCCUCCCUAAGAACUACGACACCCUAAUGGAAGAAACGAUGAAGAGACGCUGUCCCACAACCGGGAAAGACGUCACGGACCCCAUGCUCUGCUUGUUCUGCGGCGAGAUAUUCUGUGGUCAAAGUAUAUGUUGUCUUAAGAAGGCACCUGGGAGCGGAUCCCAGCCUUCUAUCGGCGGCGCGCAGCAGCACAUGAUGAAAUGCCAAAAGAACAUUGGCCUCUACAUCAACAUCCGAAAAUGCUGCGUCUUCUACCUAUACCACCAAUCUGGCUCCUGGAUGGUAGCGCCCUACAUUGAUAAAUACGGCGAGGUGGAUCCAGGUCUCCGACAUUCGCGCCAGUUGUUCCUGAAUCAGAAGAGGUAUGAUGCAUUGCUUAGGACUGUUUGGUUGAGUCAUGGUAUUCCGAGUGUGAUUAGUAGGAAGCUGGAGAUGGAUAUCAAUAACGGGGGGUGGGAGACUAUCUAA